UGGGCUGAGGGAGGGAUGUCGCUGGCCGGCGGGGGCGGCUUGCCCGGAUCCCCGAGGUCUGUGGGGGGCUCCGCGGGCCCCGGCCGGAGGGGGUGGAGGGGCUCGGGGUCGCUGGGGAGGGCCGGGAGACCUGGGUCCGUGGGCCGGCAAGGGCAGGGCGGGGGGCCCAAGGUCUGCGGGGACCCGGGGGUCCCCGGGGUUAAGGGGCUCCCGCGGACUCUGGCCCGAGGGGCUGUGAGCCGACAAGGGCUGGGGCGCGGGGGCCCGGGGUCUGCGGGGGUCCCGGGCGACCCCGGCCGGAAGGGCUGCGGGCCCGGGGACGGGGACGCGGGGUCCGGCGGGUCUCCGGGCGCGGGCGCCCCAGCCCGACCGCCGGCCUUGGCGCCGCCCCGCCUGACAUCAGUUCCUGCCGCCGCCGCCGCCGCCGCCGCCGCCGCCGCCGCGCACAGCCCGCGGCCUCUUCCCCGCCGGCCGCGCUCCAGAGCCGCCUGGCCGCGGCGGAGCGAGGGGCCGGGCGAGGCGAGGGCCGGGCGGCGGGCGCCGGGCCCCGCGGCCGGCACGACGGAGCCCCCGCACGGCCGGCGGCAGCGGUUGGCGGCGGCCCCGGGCCCCCGGCGCGGGAAGCGGCGACGGCGGGGCGGCGGCGGCGGCGGCGGCGGCGGCGCCAUGGAGCCGCGGGAGGUGAAGGACCGGAUCCUGGAGAACAUCUCGCUGUCGGUGAAGAAGUUGCAGAGCUACUUUGCCGCCUGCGAGGAUGAGACGCCUGCCAUCCGGAACCACGACAAGGUCCUGCAGCGCCUGUGCGAGCACUUGGACCACGCCCUGCUGUAUGGACUGCAAGACCUCUCAUCUGGCUACUGGGUGCUCGUGGUGCAUUUCACCCGGAGAGAGGCCAUCAGACAGAUCGAGGUGCUGCAGCAUGUGGCCACCAACCUGGGGCGCAGCAGGGCCUGGCUGUACCUGGCGCUCAACGAGAACUCUCUGGAGAGCUACCUGCGGCUGUUCCAGGAGAACCUGGGUCUGCUGCACAAAUACUACGUCAAGAAUGCCCUGGUCUGCAGCCACGAUCACCUGACUCUCUUCCUGACCUUGGUGUCUGGGCUGGAGUUCAUUCGAUUCGACUUGGAUCUGGACGCCCCUUACUUGGACUUGGCCCCCUACAUGCCUGACUACUACAAACCUCAGUACCUGCUGGACUUCGAAGACCGCCUCCCCAGCUCUGUGCAAGGUUCGGACAGCCUGUCCCUCAACUCCUUCAACUCCGUCACCUCCACCAACCUGGAGUGGGAUGACAGCGCCAUUGCCCCAUCCAGCGAGGAUUAUGAUUUUGGAGAUGUGUUUCCAGCAGUGCCGUCUGUACCCAGCACAGACUGGGAAGAUGGAGACCUCACAGACACUGUCAGCGGGCCCCGCUCUACCGCCUCGGACCCGACCAGCAGCAAGGCUUCCACCAAGAGUCCCACCCAGCGCCACAACCCUUUCAGUGAGGACCAGGCAGAGACCGUGUCCUCCUCUGACACCACCCCAGUGCACACCACGUCCCAGGAGAAGGGGGAAUCCCGCACUCUUGACCUGCCAGACGCCUGCACGGAGCUGGAGGUCAUCAGGGUCACCAAGAAGAAGAAAACCGGCAAGAAGAAGAAGACCAGAUCGGAUGAGGAAGCUGGUCCGCUUCACCCCUCCUCCAGCCAGGACAGCUGUGCCAGGCGGGGCGAUGGUGACAGCCUCGUCAGCAGCCCAGGCCUUGGGCGGGCCUCACCGGACGCUACCUUCACUUCCCCCCAGGAGGAGGGAGAGGGGCCCAGCGGCACAGCCGAGAGCAGCGAGCUCCCGGAGCCGGGCCAGAUGGGUCUGCUCAUCCCCGAAAUGAAGGACACCUCCAUGGAGCGCUUGGGGCAGCCCCUGAGUAAGGUCAUUGACCAGCUCAACGGGCAGCUGGACCCCAGCGCCUGGCGCUCCCACGUCCAGUCCCCAGACCAGUCCUUUCGGACCGGCUCUCCCGGGGAUGCCCCGGAGAAGCCGCCAUUUUGCGACUUUAGUGAGGGGCUUCCAGCCCCAAUGGACUUCUACCGCUUUACCGUCGAGAGUCCAAGCACUCUUACAUCAAGUGGCAGCAACCAUGACCCUGCAGGGCCUGGCCAACCGCUGCAUGUUCCUGGUGGCCCUGCGACUGCUGGCCAAGAAGAGGGAGGAGGAAGAAGAGAGGGACAGGCACCUGGGCCCCUAGAGGACACCCCGGGGGAGGCCCGGGAGCCAGAGACCCGGGGACUGGAGACGCAGUUGCCCCCUGCGGGUGACGGACCUGUGCCCGAAGCAGAGCCCGGGACCCACGAGGCUCUCUGCCAGCUCAAGCGAGACCAGCCCAGCCCGUGUCUGAGCAGCGCUGAGGACUCGGGGGUGGAUGAGGGGCAGGGGAGCCCUUCUGAGAUGACCCACUCGGCAGAGUUCAGGGUAGACAACAACCACUUACUCCUGCUGAUGAUCCACGUGUUUCGAGAAAACGAAGAGCAGCUCUUCAAAAUGAUCCAGAUGAGCACCGGGCACAUGGAGGGCACCCUGCAGCUGCUGUACGUGCUGCUCACAGACUGCUACGUCUACCUGCUCCGGAAAGGGGCCGCGGAGAAGCCAUACCUGGUGGAAGAGGCAGUUUCUUACAACGAACUUGACUAUGUGUUGGUGGGCCUCGACCAGCAGACGGUGAAGCUGGUGUGCACCAACCGCAGGAAGCAGUUUCUGCUGGACACAGCUGACGUGGCCCUGGCUGAGUUCUUCUUGGCUUCUUUGAAGUCCGCCAUGAUCAAAGGCUGCCGGGAGCCACCUUACCCCAGCAUCCUGACUGAUGCCACCAUGGAGAAGCUGGCACUGGCCAAAUUCGUGGCCCAGGAAUCUAAGUGUGAGGCCACCGCUGUCACCGUGCGCUUCUACGGGCUUGUGCACUGGGAGGACCCCCAGGAUGAGUCCCUGGGUCCAGUGCCCUGCCACUGCUCACCCCCUGAGGGCGCCAUCACCAAAGAAGGCAUGCUGUAUUACAAGGCGGGCACCUCCUACUUGGGCAAAGAGCACUGGAAGACUUGCUUCGUGGUCCUCAGCAACGGGAUCCUCUACCAGUAUCCUGACCGCACGGAUGUCACCCCUCUGCUCUCUGUGAACAUGGGGGGGGAGCAGUGCGGUGGCUGUCGGAGAGCCAACACCACGGAUCGGCCCCACGCCUUCCAGGUCAUCCUCGCCAACCGGCCCUGCCUGGAGCUGAGCGCGGACAGCGAGGCCGAGAUGGCCGACUGGAUGCAGCAGCUCUGCCAGGCCGUGUCCAAAGGGGUCAUUCCCCAGGGGGUGACCCCCAGCCCCUGCAUCCCCUGCUGCCUGGUGAUUACCGAUGACCGCCUCUUCACCUGCCACGAGGACUGCCAGACCAACUUCUUCCGCUCCCUGGGCACAGCCAGGCUGGCCGACAUCAGUGCCGUCUCCACGGAACCCGGCAAGGAGUACUGUGUCCUGGAGUUUUCCCAGGACAGCCAGCAGGCUCUGCCCCCCUGGGUCAUCUACUUGAGCUGCACAUCUGAACUGGACCGAUUCCUGUCUGCACUGAGCUCCGGGUGGAAAACCAUCUACCAGGUGGACCUCCCCCACAAGGCCACCCAGGAAGCCUCCAGCAAGAAGUUCGAGGAUGCCCUGAGCCUCAUCCACAGCGCCUGGCAGCGGAGCGACAGCCUGUGUCGGGGCAGAGCCUCCCGGGACCCCUGGUGCUGAGGCGGAGCUGGCCGGCCCCCCCCCCCCCCCACCCCCCGCGGGCCGAGAAAGGCGAGCGGAGCAGCACACGCAGUGGCCCGCUGGGUCAUCAUGCCGCUUGGGGCCUGGCUUCCACCCCUGUUCCACAGCCCACUCCCACCCUGGGGGACAGAACCACCGACCGGGGCCUGAGACGGGGUCUCUCCCCUCCCAGGGAUCCAGAAUGGGUGCUCCGCACACCCCUGGGCAUCCUGCCUGGCCAGUGGUGCCCGGAGAGUGCUGCUGGGGCGGAGGGUCUGAGCCCUAUGGGCUCUGUGUACACGGCACAUCCGGAUGUAUCUGCGUCUCUUCAGGACGGCAGUGAGAAUAGUAUCAGCUUUGAGGGGAGCGGAAGGACCGAGAGGGCAGCAGUCCCCUCUUCCUCUCCCGAGUGAGAGGUCUGGGCGGAGACCCGGCCAUCCUUGUUCAUUUUUGAACGUUCAGCUGGCUGUGCAGGGAGGCUGGGUACUAAGGUCUCGGUGCAUGUUUCCUCCUCGCUAUCUCCGGCCCCCAGCACACUGCUGCCUGCCUCGCCAGGGCCCACAGCCAGGGGCAGGGGCAGGGGCCAGGCCGGCCCUCCCUGGCUGCCCAGCGGCCCCGCAUGUCCACGGCCCCCUGCCCCUGUCUCUCCCCAAACCACAGCGGCUGGAGGACCCGGGAGGACCCGGGAGGACCCGGGAGGCAGGCUGUUUCCGUUUGCAGGGAGCAAAGGGGAGGGAGGAGGCUCGGAGAGGAAUGGAGCCCACCAGCCUGGCGUCCCCGUGGGUGCCUCCUGACCAUCCGCUGCUUGGCUGGAGCCGGGCCCUUCCGGAGAGUUUUAUCAAGGGCCCGCCGGGGGAAGGGGUCAGAUGGUCUGGGUUUUGUUUGUUCUUUUCUUUUUUUUUUUUUUUUUUUUUUAAAUAAAAUAGACACGUUAUAUUGCCAA